GAGGCUAGCUCGGAAUUUGUCUCGUGCAAUAGUUUAGGUUGAAAUGGUUUAAAUACAGUAAAUAUACGUUUAACAAAUUUCUAUAAGAUAAUAGCAUGGGAAAACAAAAUAAAACAGGAGCUCCUGAAAAUUUACUACAAAAAGUAAAAAAAAAUGCAUACAAAUCUAACGUGAUUCCUACGAAACAAUAUAAGUCUAAAGCUGACUUAAUGUUCGCUGUUACUGACGGUAAAAAUCAUAAUAAUCAUUCUCUGAAUAAAAGCGAUGAAUUGCAAAGGAAGCAGUUUAGAAUACUUCCUAAGAUGAAAAAUUUUCGAAAAACUAAGGCUCUUGUAAUCAAUACCGAGAUGCAAAACAAAGCCGGUACGGAAUUGAAAGCAGAUAAAGAAGUUAUGUCACCCAAGAACGUGGACGGUUGCACUAAGGUUUCGUUACCAAAAUCAAAUAAUGCAGUUGAAAAUCGACAGGAAAAACGUGUUGAAGGUACUGAACAUUCUGUUUUCGUAGGUAAUCUUCCUAAAACCGCUAAGAAAUCUACGCUGAAACAAAUGUUUAAAUCUUUUGGUAAAAUAUUGACCAUUCGAUUUCGCACGCUAGACGGUGAAGUACUGUUAAAGAAAAAAGAUCGCGAAACAGCAAAAGCCUUAAACUGUUAUAUUCGCUUUCAAACUAAGGACGAAGCUCUAGCAGCGUGUGCCAUGAACGGACAUAUUUUUGAUGGCCAUCAUCUUAGAGUGUCUUUACAAUCACAAAAACAGAUCGGACAUCAUGCUUCAACAGUUUUCGUUGGCAAUAUCCACCGUGACACUACUGACAAUGAAUUAUACGAUUUCUUUAGUACAGUUGGCGACAUCGAAUAUGUACGUCAGAUUUCGGGCAAAUACAUUGGUUACGUAUGUUUUAAAAAAGGCGUUUCUAUAGCAAAAGCACUAAAGCUUAAUCAGCAAUUGCUUAACGGACGUCCAUUACGGAUUAUGAAGGUCGAUCAUCAAAAACAAAGUACUCGAAAAAACAAAAAAGGCAAUUUGGUUAAGAAAAAUGCUAGUGUGGAUAGUGAUAUAAAGUCCAUUGAAUCUAUUAAAAAUGUUAACAUCGUACACAGUGAUCGUACACUUACCAAAAGGAAUACAUUAAGUAAUUUUCACGGAAAUUUAACGAAAGCCAACGGAAGUUCGAAGCAGAAACUAAGAACGAAAGCGGAACGAAAGAAAAAACUGCUAGCUUUAAAAUUGUCGGGCAAUAGAGUAAAUGGUAAAUGAAAACACACUAAAUUGGAUAACAUGGUUUAUAUAUUUUUACAAUGAAAUACAAGGAUUGUAUUAUCUCGA